AUGUCUGACUUUAUCUGCUGUCUCAUUUUGAAUUGGAAGCAGAUACCCAAAGAAGUGGCUGACAUUUUUAUUGCCCCCAGUGAUGAUGAAGAUUUUAUGGGUUUCCAGAACGCUGCUCCUGUACAGACAUUGUUAUCAGAGGACGGAUGUGGUAGUUUUGAUUCCCUGGAAUYAGGCAAAAAGGAUGUCCAGCUUCAGCCCAGAUACCUUACUGAAGAGCUGCAGAGGAUUUUCACUGAAGACACAGACUCCGAAACUGAAGUUUUCGAAGGCUUUGCUUCAAGUGAGGUGGAUGUGAACAAAAACAGAGUUCUGGUAAAGACAGCAGAGUCAGAAUUGAGUGAUGAAGAACGUGGUAAUUUAUUGGGUAGCGAGGAAGAAGAGGAGGAAGAGGAGAAGAAGAAAGUUUCCCCCAAGAGAAGGAGCUUUGGUCUUCGUGUUGCCUUUCAGUUUCCCACCAGAAAGUCUUCUGAGAAAAAAGUGCCUGAACCAGCUUUUUCUAAGCUGCCUUUUAAGGACAAUAAAGACCUCGCACCUCUUUCCAAAGAAAGAAGUCCCAAACGAUGGCACAAACUAGAGGGCUCUGCUUCAGAAUCUGAAGAAGACAUUAAAGAAACAAAUGAAGAAAAUUCCAGUGCUCUGCUUAAGAGAGCUAUGAAUAUUAAAGAAAAUAAAGCCAUGCUUGCCCAGCUACUAGCAGAACUGAAUUCAAUACCUGACUUAUUUCCAGUGAAAACACCCACCUCAACUCCCUCGAAACAGAGGAAAAUCCCAAGGAGGACAUUUACUGAAGGCCAAAUAGAGCGUCGCAUGAACCCAACCAGAAAUGCUCGUCCACCAGAGAAAUUUGCCUUGGAAAAAUUUACUGUGUCUGCUGCCAAAUUUGCAGAGCAUUUCCGUAGCUACAGACAGCAAAACCUCUUGAAGAAAAGACUCAGUGUGGGGGAUUGUGGAGUGCGCAAGAGGAGGAGGUCGUCAAAGUACUCGUCCUGCCGCCCCGUAGAGGAUAUUACUGAGGAAGAUCUGGACAACGUUGCAAUCACUGUUAAAGACAAAAUCUAUGAUAAAGUUGCAGGUAGUACCUGCCACCAGUGUCGACAAAAGACAAUUGAUACAAAGACAAUCUGUCGUAACCAGGGCUGUGGAGGUGUGAGGGGACAGUUCUGUGGCCCUUGUCUUCGAAAUCGAUACGGUGAAGAUGUUAAGUCAGCACUGGUGGAUCCAGAGUGGAUCUGUCCGCCGUGUCGCGGGAUCUGUAACUGCAGCUACUGCCGCCGSCGCGACGGUCGCUGCGCCACGGGAAUGCUCAUUCACCUGGCCAAGUUCUGCGGCUACGACAACGUGAAGGAAUACCUGGAGAGUUUACAAAAACAACUGGCAGAUACCAACUGAGAACACUGAACUCAAGCUGUGCCUGCAAACGGUUAAUAUGUAGACAAGUUUUGACUUUUAAAGGUUAUUACUAUGUUUUGUAUAAGAUAGAUUUGUAGGGUAUAGUAUAUGCAUUUCUACAUUUAGAAUCUUUUUUAUUGAUCGGUCUUACACAGAAGAACUCUCAGGAAAACGUCUCAGUAGAGAAAUCUACAUGCAGGACGUUCAUUUAUGCACAGACCUGUACAUCGAGUGCAGUAGCACUCUCGAAUCUGGAGUGGUUAACUUCUAACAUGGCCACACAGGUGCAUGAUGGAGACUUGUAGAUUUGAGCAAUAUUUUUAUUUAUGUGAAUGUGAAAAUAUGCAGCAAGGGUGUUUUAACAACUACCUAGAAAUCAUACAUCCUCUUUAAAACAACAAACAAACCCUUGUCUCAGAUUUGAGCAUAAAGAUUCAAUUUUCCAAUCCUUGCUUUCAGCACCUGUCCUUUCACUCCGUAGUUCAUGGGCCUUGUCCCUGCAAAGAAAGGACACUUUCGUCUGAAUGCCACUGUAUUCUACUCUACUAAAGCUAAUGCAGCCUACUAGUGGAAGGAUGUUAUUUUUCUUUAUUCCAAAGUGCAAUUAACCACUGAAACAUGAAGGUGGAAGAGUGG